ACCGGCACACCGGCCACCGCCGUCUCCAGCGCUGACUUCCAGCUGCAUUGAGUUUCAAACCCACCAUAGCAACUCUGCUCAGCACCUCCACUUGUGGGCCCCACGACCUCACCAUUACCAUCCUAUCUUUGGUUCUCUCCGGCAAGAAAGAAAUAUUCCAUAGUUUCUUCAAUCCAAACGGGUCAUAUGCGACAAUCAUCUCUCUGGAAACCAUCACCAUUAUCAUAUGCGACAAUCAUCUCUCCGGCAAGAAAGAAAUAUUGGAUAGUUUCUUCAAUCCAUUUUGGUUUACUUUCCAUUGCCCAAAUACUCAAUAUCAGAGAACCAAACGGGCCCGAUUUUGGAGUUGCAGUACGCAAUAGUGGUGGCGCAUGAUCAGAUUGUACCGUCCCACCAUCUAUACCACACGAUCAUGUAUCACAGUGUCAGCACAUUCUAUUUCUUUUCGAUUAACCCACCACCUCCGUUACCAAUCCACGGCUCCUGUACAGUUCGAUUCCCAUCUCUACUCGGCUACGCUUCAAAAGUGUAUACGAAACGCUGACUACGACUCCGGAAAGUGCCUUCAUUGUCACAUCAUCAAAACAGGGGCUUCUUUGGACUUAUUUGCAUUUAACGUUCUUCUUAAUCUGUAUGUAAAGUCUGAUUCUUUGUCCCAUGCAUCUCAACUGUUCGACGAAAUGCCCAGCACUAAUACUGUCUCCAUCACUACAUUGGGUCAGGGUUAUAUGCGCUCCCUUCAAUUCCCUGCAGCUCUUGAUUUAUUCCUUAGGUUAUUCAGAGGAGGCCACCAGCUUAACCCCUUCGUUUUCACAUCCAUUCUCAAGUUGCUUGUCAGUAUGGACAGCGCACAAAUGUGUUUCGCCAUUCAUGCAUGUAUUUAUAAGAUUGGUUAUCACUCUGAUGCAUUUGUUGGUACCGCUCUUAUUGAUGCCUACUCUGUCUGUGGAUGUGUUGAUGUCGCCAGAAGUGUUUUUGAUGACAUUCUUCACAAGGACAUGGUCAGUUGGACUGGCAUGGUAGCUUGCUAUGCUGAGAAUGAGUGCUUUUACCAUUCAUUACAACUUUUCUCCCACAUGAGGUUAAUGGGUUACAAACUAAACAACUUCAUCAUCACUGCGGUGCUCAAGUCCUGCCUUGGCCUACAGGCCUUUCGCCUUGGCAUGGGUAUUCAUGCAUGUGCUUUGAAAACUCAUUAUGAACGGGAUCUUUAUGUUGGGCUUGCAUUGCUGGAAUUGUAUAAUAAGUCCCAAGACCUUGACGCUGCAGGACAAUUUUUUGAGGAAAUGCCUAAGAAUGAUCUUAUUCCUUGGAGUCUAAUGAUCGCAAGGUAUGCUCAGAGUGACAAAAGUAGAGAGGCUUUGGAGUUGUUCCAGCGUUUGAGGCAGUCAGCCAUUGUCCCUAAUCAGUUUACAUUCGCUAGUGUGUUGCAAGCUUGUGCCACUUUACCUGCAUUAAAUUUAGGAGAACAAAUUCAUUCUUGUGUCCUGAAAGUUGGUCUUGACUCAAAUGUAUUUGUGUCUAAUACCCUCAUUGAUGUUUAUGCCAAGUGUAGUAAAAUGGAUAGCUCUAUGAAAUUAUUUAUGGAAUCACCUGAGCAUAAUGAUGUGACUUGGAAUACCUUGAUUGUUGGUUAUGUGCAGUUAGGAGAUGACGAGAAGGCACUAAAUAUGUUUGUAUCCAUGCUUGCUUAUCCCUUACAGCCAACAGAAGUGACAUACUCUAGUGUUCUUCGUGCCUGUGCAAGUUUGUCAUCAUUGAAGCAAGGACUUCAGGUUCAUUCGUUAACUGUGAAAACCAUAUACGAUAAGGACACUGUAGUUGCCAAUUCACUGGUUGAUAUGUAUGCCAAAUGUGGUAGCAUUCGCGAUGCCCGAAUAGUAUUUGAUAAGAUGGGAACACGAGAUGAAGUUUCAUGGAAUGCUAUGAUCUGUGGAUAUUCCAUGCAUGGCCUAGGUGUGGAGGCUCUAAAUAUAUUUGAAAUGAUGCAACAGUCUAAUUGUAAACCAAAUAAACUAACUUUUGUUGGUGUCCUAUCUGGAUGUAGCAAUGCAGGACUGCUAGAUAAAGGACAAGCACUCUUUAAGUCAAUGAUGCAAGACUACAGCAUUGAACCAUGUAUAGAACAUUAUACUUGUAUGGUUUGGCUUCUUGGAAGGUCAGGCCAUCUUGAGAAAGCAGUGAAACUCAUUGGUGAAAUUCCAUUUCAGCCUAGUGUUAUGGUGUGGCGGGCAUUGCUUGGUGCUUGUGUCAUCCAUAAUGAUAUUGAUCUUGGAAGAAUUUGUGCCCAACGUGUGCUUGAGAUGGAUCCACAUGAUGAUGCAACCCAUAUACUUAUGUCAAACAUGUACGCCAUUGCAAGGAGGUGGGACGGUGUUGCUUCUAUUAGAAAAAUUAUGCACAAAAAAAGAGUCAGGAAGGAGCCAGGGUUAAGUUGGAUUGAGGAUCAAGGUGUGGUUCACUAUUUUACUGCUGGGAACACUUGUCAUCACGACAUUAAACUUAUCAGUGCAAUGCUUGAAUGGCUAAACAUGAAAACUAGGAAGGAAGGAUACGUACCCAAUAUCAAUGUUGUUUUGCUUGAUAUGAAGGAUGUUGAAAAAGCACGUGUCUUGUGGGUUCACAGUGAAAGAUUAGCUCUGGCAUUUGGACUGAUACGAUUGCCACGUGGUUGUCCUAUACAUAUCAUGAAAAAUCUCCGUAUAUGUGUAGAUUGCCACAUUGUUAUGAAGUUGAUCUCCAAAAUUGUGCAGCGAGAUAUUAUUGUCAGAGAUAUGAAUCGGUUUCACCAUUUUCAGCAUGGGAUUUGCUCCUGUGGUGAUUAUUGGUGACUGAUGUAUUUCAAUUCCAGAAUCACAAAUUCUGCAUUUUCAUUUGUGGUGGCCUGCAAGAAAUUCUUGUUCACUUGAGGUAAAUUUGUAUAUGAAAAUGGUCAUGUCAUGUAUGGUACUGUACUUAUGGAUGAUUCUUUUUUGAUCUUAGGAUCUUGUCACUAGCUUUAUUCAAACAAAGAUGUGAAGUAUUAUGCUUCUUCUUGCAUGCUUUUAUUUAUUCCUUCCACUUCCUUUAUUGCUAUGUGUGAUCUUAUCUUCCCUCCUUUUUUUUCUGUCAUUACUCAUUACCUUCCACACUAGGGAAAACCAUCUUGAGAAGGACACAGCAAGGUGUUUCUCCAUGACUGUUCUUAUUUUUUAUGAUAGUAAGUGUUUGAUGUUGACAUGAUUUGAUGCCUUUAACAAUGUUUUGUGGAAGACUUGGCAUUCAAGGUCUUACAAGGGCAAGACAUGGCCUGUAUUUUGUAGCACAUGGAGUAUUUUCAGUGCAAUCUAAAUCUGGAUACUUUUAUUUAUAUUCUUAACAUUGUUAUUGUAAUUUUCAUGCGUUCAUAUCUGUAAAGUCUCUUAUGGAUGCCUGGAAGAACACACUUCCCAGAAGGUCGUGUCGAGAUCCUUGUGAUGAUAAUUGGGAUGGAAUCAAGUACACUAACUCUUUCUUUACUUCCAUGUGGUUUUUCCUAAGGACGUUCUUGUGGAGUUGCCUGCUUUGUGCUGGAUCUUCUGUUGUGAGAUUAACUUGCUUGCUAACAUUUUCAGAAAAUUACCAAGCCCAGAUUUGACAGGCCAGCUAUCUGAAGAAUUUGGUUUGCUAUCUGAAUUACACACGUUGUAGAAAAAUCCAGUUUUCACCAAAUGGAAGAGUGUAAUGUGGUUGAGUCGACAGAGACGCUCCAUUCAUUGUAAUGGGAAAACAGACCAUUUAUUUGAGCCACUGAAUAAUGCUGAGAAACAGUGCUUAGACUGAAGGAACGAACUUGACUGGCCCUUCCUUUGCCAUGGACUAAGUUCGUCUUGUGCUUUGCAUAAUGAGUCAGGCUGUUUAUGAUUUAUAAAUAGUGUACUAUACUAUAAAUUUUAUAUUUAGUGUGUGGGCUUUUCAUGCAUUUUAAGCUUCCUAGGAAAUGGUCAAAGUGCAUGGUCGUGAUAUGUGAAUGGUAGAAUAUGAUAUGAUGGAGAUUUGGAUUUGACAACUUCGAAAUUUCUACGUGUUAAUUAUUUGAAA